AUGGCCAACGACGAAUAUGAUUUCCUCUUUAAAGUCGUCCUUAUCGGAGACUCUGGCGUCGGAAAGUCAAAUCUGCUCUCGCGCUUUACUAGGAACGAGUUCUCACUAGAUUCCAAGUCGACUAUCGGUGUCGAGUUCGCUACUCGUUCUAUCCAGGUGGACUCCAAGACAAUCAAGGCUCAGAUCUGGGAUACUGCUGGUCAGGAGCGUUACCGCGCUAUUACAUCAGCCUACUACCGAGGAGCUGUCGGUGCGCUUCUCGUGUACGAUAUCAGCAAGCAUCAGACCUACGACAAUGUCAACCGAUGGUUAAAGGAGCUCCGAGACCAUGCCGACUCCAACAUUGUCAUUAUGCUUGUCGGUAACAAGAGCGAUUUGAGGCAUCUCCGGGCUGUCCCCACAGAGGAGGCCAAGCAAUUUGCCAGCGAGAACAACCUUUCUUUUAUCGAGACUUCCGCCCUGGACGCUAGCAACGUCGAGCUCGCUUUCCAGAACAUCCUCACAGAAAUCUACCGCAUCGUAUCCAGCAAAGCGCUUGAAGGCGAAUCUGGCGGAGCCUCUGUCGGGGAGCGUCGUCAAAUAAUCGAUAUCGAAAAGACUCAAGAUACCGAAAACAAGGGAGGAUGUUGUUAA